GUCUGCAUCCGUGUGGCUGCCAGCGCCGUCAACCGUGCUGACACCCUACAGCGCAAAGGCAACUACGCUCCUCCACCUGGAUCCUCUCAAAUCCUCGGGCUAGAAGCCGCUGGCGUGAUUGAGGCCGUCGCUGAUGAUGUUACUACCCUGAAACCCCAACAACGCGUCAUGGCCCUUCUCGGUGGUGGUGGCUACGCCCAAUACGUGUGCGUGCCCGCGGGACACGUCCUUCCAGUUCCCACUGGCAUGGAGCUGCAUACCGCUGGUGGUCUGAUGGAGACCUGGUUGACAGCUUUUCAGCUUCUGCACCUUGUGGCAGGUGUCAAGUCUGGUGACCGCGUGCUGAUUCAUGCGGGCGGCUCUGGCGUGGGUCUUGCCGCCGUGCAGCUGGCAAAGGCUGCUGGUGCCAUCCCGCUGGUCACAGCUGGUUCGGACGCGAAAAUCGCCAAGGCCCAGAGUUUGGGUGCCACAGCUGGUUACAAUCGCCACAACGGGAGCUGGGCAACUGCUUUGAAGGAACAGUAUCCUGAUGGCGUCCAGGUGGUACUGGACUGUGUGGGGGGUAGCUACUGGCAAGACAAUACGGAGGUCCUGGCCGUUGAUGGUACCUGGGUUGUGUAUGGCCUCAUGGGUGGGCCUUCUGUGGAAGGCCCCAUUCUGGGCAAAAUUUUGCGCAAGCGCCUGCGCGUGAUUGGUACAACCUUGCGUAGCCGAGAUGUCGCAUACAAGGCUGAGCUAGUGGCUCGUUUUGGUAGGGAAGCUCUGCCACAACUGGCCUCAGGCGAAUUUGAAGUGGUGAUUGACCGCCAAUACCCAAUCCAAGAAGCCGCAGAGGCACACCGCUUUGUGGAAUCCAAUGGCAGUACGGGCAAGGUGUUGUUGAUUGUGGAAGCACCUGUCUCCAAGGAUGAGUUGUGA